AUGUACUCGUUUGAAGGGAAUUACAAAUCUAAGCGGUCAUUAGUGUUUGAUCAUACUCAAAAGUUGUCAACCCAUGCGCUUGUUCAAAAAACGCGUGAAGAACGAAGGUCACGUGAAAAUAUGGUCAAGCAAGAACGUGCCGCUACUAAAAUUCAAAGGUGUAUUCGAGAUUAUGUUGAACGAAUUAAAGUGAAACGUUACUUUAUUGAAUUAUUCAAUGAAUUAUCUAAUCAAUUAAAUGAUACAAUAAAUAAAUCUGAUUUCAAUGUAGAACAUGAAUUUGAACAUAAAUUAAUGAAGUUACUUCAAUGUUUCAAUACAUGCUAUCGCUGUAAAAGUCCAGAUCAAAGACAUCUUUUUACUGUUUGUCGUUUAUUAUUGUCUAAAUAUGGGAAAGAUGCACAAAUCAGUUGGUUAACUAAUGGUUCUAUGGAUCAUAUUUUCACAUUAGGGAAUUCAUUAUUAAUCAAUAUCAAAUAUUUAUCAAACCUCCCAUCAUUAACACCAUCAUCAAACUAUACAUUACCAAUUCGUAUAUUCGAGGAAUUAUUCAACAUCUUCAUUGGAACAUCAUCAUCUACAAAAAUCUCUUUAUAUUCAAAACAGUUAUAUUUUAGUAUUGAAUGGAUAUGUCGAUAUUUAUCAAAUCAUCAUUAUUUUAAUUAUUUAGCUUAUUUUAUUGAUCAACAAUUACCAAGUACAGUUGGUUACUUUCAAGAUGUCAUUACACAAUCACGUGUAUUUGAACUGGUGGAAUUUUUUAAAUUACCAAAAGCUCGUGCUUUUAUUAAUCUAUUAAUUGCACCAUUGAAAUGUGCUUCUAACCUAUCUGGAAAUGGUAGUCAAUUUUCGAAUCCAAUGGUUGAUUUGUAUCGUGAACUUGUUUUCACAGCAUUAAAUGAUAUUCUCACACCAGCCAUUGAUGAUCACAAUACUUAUACUAUCGGUGAACGUGUUGUACGCAGUUUUGGCAUAGAAAUAUUCAAACUACCUAAUCUACAUCAAAUUGUUAUUAAUGGAUGUUUAACAGAGGUUGAGAAUAAAAAUAGCCAAUUAAAUACUGAACGACAACGACAACAACCACAUGAUGGAACUAUUUCAUUGAUUCCUUCUAUCAAUUUAUUACACCUUUUUGUGACUGUGGCUAUACCUGGCAUGUUAGUAAAAUGUGAUCCAACCACAACCACAUUAAGUUCAACUGUUCAUACAGCCGAGUCAUCAAUGAUACAAGAUACUGAUGAAGAUGAUGAUGAUGAUGAUAAUCAUGAAGAAGCAGUGACAGAGGAAGAAGGAGGUGAUGAAUCAUUGCCAGUUCUGUUAGCUACUGAAUCUUACACACAUUAUACAUGGUCUGGUUCACCUUUAGAAGCUGCGAUAAUUAUACGUUUUGUUGCUUGGAUGUUUAUGCGUUGUUUAACGGAACCUCAUCUGCCUAUUGUUCGUCCAAUUACUAAUCAUAAACCGUUACAACUACGAAGUGGACAAGAAGAAGAAUUAUCAGAUGACGAUGAUGACAACAAGAUUGAUGAUAAUCAUAAUACAGUGAAGGGAGUGGGAAUCAAUGAUCAAGAAAUGAACAUGUCAGCUGAAUUUACUAGAAAUACUAAUAUUAUUUCAGAGGAUCUCUCGUUCCAACCAAUUACUCAACUGAAAAAAAUCUCUGUAUCACUAAGUCAUAGUUUACCGGCGCUAGCAGCUAGCGCAUUGUCUACAGUGGAAAAUUUCACUAGGGAUUUAGAUAAUCCAGAUAAAUUAGAAUUGAUUCAUUCUUCAUCAUACCUACAUUAUUGCCUUUCUCAAGUAUGUGGUUUGUCUAGAACAUCAUUAAUACGUAUUAACUCUAUUUAUUCACAACAUACAAUCUAUUUACGUUGUUUAUGGAAAUUAAUUGAAAAUACUAAAUGUUCAGAUAAAUCAACAAUAUUAAAUUAUUCAGAUUCUAAUAUGUAUUCAUUAUUAAAUAUUUUAUGUUCUGGUGAAUUACCAUCACAUUUAAUGGAACUUCAAAGUUACCUUCCACUGAUAUUUACAUUUGCUGAUUGUCUUCAUCAUCGCUUAUUAUGUUUAACUGAUUCGGAAAUCUGUGAUAUCUCAUCGGAAGUGAACUACACCAACUCCGACGAUUAUCGUCAUCAGCAGUCAAUCAAUAAUAAUAGUGAACCCUCACGAGGAGGUUGUGGUUUUCGUGCGGAUGAAUUAUUGCAUGUUGGUACAAGACUUCGUGAUCUUAUGCUCGGCCUAAUUGAUUUGUCACAUCCUGAUCAAGUGCCGAAAAGAACUCGUAAUUUACAAACAUAUACACAUUGUACAGAAUCAAUGGAACAACCAAAUUAUGGUGCAGUAUUACGUAGAAUAAAACAAUGGGUUGAGAUGACUGAUCUUGGUAAUUCACCUAGUGGUGAUCUAUUGAUGCGAAAUAAUACAGAAUGGUCUAUACCAGAUUUACGUGUUUUACUAUAUUGUUGGUGUAGUUUACUGCGUCAAAUUGAACGAUUAGUAUUUCAAAUCUAUGAUUGGGAUCGUCGUUGCCGACGUCAGCAAGAUACUGGUCUGCCUGCCUACCUUUUACACAAUCCACAGAUUACAACGACAACAACAGCGACAUGUACAGCUUCUACAAAUGCAUCAUCUCCAUUUUCAUCACCAUCAUCCUCAAUAACUGAUAUUACACGUGUAACAGAUUCACCACGCCUACCAAUCGGCACACCAAGUGUUAGUCAAACAUUUUGGUUAAAAGAUAACUUGUUUGAUUUAUUAAACACUACAGAAUCACAAUCGUCAUGGUUUGAAAAUCGAGGUUAUCAAGAUACAUUAGCAUUAGCUGAUGCACCGUUUGGUUAUUAUAGUAUUUUAAAUCCAGAUCGAAAUCAAGCGGUACUAGAAUCGUUUUCUUUAUCUAAUCGUCAAAUACGUCAAAUCUUAUUAUUGAAAAAAGUUCCAUUUGUUAUACCAUUUGAAAAACGAGUUAAAUUAUUUAAGAUUCUUAUCAAUGAUGAUAGUACGUAUAAUCGUAAUCCAUUUCGACGUAUAUAUAAUAUAUCUAAUCAAUCAAGUGUUCCUCUUAUUGUUCGUCGAACUCAUCUAUAUGAAGAUGGUUUUGAGAAAUUAUCCAAAGAAAAUGUACCCAAUUUACAUCAACGUUUAAAAGUUACCUUUUUAAAUCCAACUGGUUUAGCUGAAGUUGGUAUUGAUGGUGGUGGUUUAUCAAGAGAAUUUCUUACUGAAAUUAUUCGUGCUGGUUUUGAUCCAACUAGAGGAUUUUUUAUUUAUGCAUCAGAUAAAACUUUAUAUCCAAAUCCACAAGCAUCUGCAAUCACUUCGAAUUAUUUAAAGCAUUAUUAUUUCUUGGGAAGAAUAUUAGCAAAGGCAAUUUACGAAGGUGUACUUGUCGAUCUUCAGUUUGCUUAUUUCUUCUUGGCUAAAAUUGUUAGUCGAAGUGGCGGUGGCGGAGUUGGCUUUGAUUAUCUGCAUUCACUUGAUCCACAAUUGUAUAAACAAUUAUUAUUUCUUAAAAAUUACAAAGGGGAUGUAAGAGAUUUAUCAUUAGAUUUUACUGUGGUUCAAUCAAUUUUUGGUCAAUCUGAAACAGUCGAACUAAAACCAGGUGGAAAACAUAUCCCGGUUACUGAAGAAAAUCGUGUUGAAUAUGUACAUUUAAUUGCAAAUUAUAAAUUAAAUAAAAUGAUUUAUCCACAAGUACGAGCUUUUACUGCUGGAUUAAACGAUGUCAUACCAAUUGAUUGGGUACGUCUUUUUGAUGCAGAAGAAUUACAAACUCUUAUAUCUGGAGCUGAUAUGGUAAUCGAUGUGGAUGAUUUAAGGCAGCAUACAUUCUACAUUGGAAAUUCAAUGAAUUAUACUGAAACAUUAGAUUGUUUUUGGUCAGUAUUAAAAAAUUUUACUGAAUCAGAUAAACGUUCAUUUUUACGUUUUGUUACUGCAUGUUCACGUCCACCAAUGUUUGGUUUUCGUGAUUUACAACCACCAUUUUCUAUACAAAUUACUGAUGAAAUAGAACGUUUACCAACAGCUAGUACAUGUACAAAUUUAUUAAAAUUACCAAAUUUUCGUAAUAUUCAUAUAUUACGUGAACGUUUAUUAUAUGCAUUAAAUGCAAAUGCUGGUUUUGAAUAUGGUUAA